AUCGCGCAUCGUCUCUCCACUUUUCCAUUCGCUCGCUUCAUUGUCGCAUCAUAUUGCUUCAGCUCGCACUCACUUUUCACCAUCUCAAACCAUCACAAUGGCUGACCCGGAGACCGAGAUUGUCAUCGAGGACGAGACUAACGUCGACGAGGAAAUGGCAGAGGACAACGUCGACGAGGGCGCUGACGAGACUGCUCCCGGCGGCCUCGAAGACAUUGAGCCUACCAUCCCGACUCGCACCACUUUCCUGGACUACCUCUCCUCCCCCAUCGUCGAGCUCGUAGUCGGCUCCGGCGCCGAAGCGCAAACACUCUACGCCCACCAAGCCCUCCUCACCAAAGCUCCCUUCUUCGAACAAGCCGUCAGCCAACUCACCGGUUCCGCCCGCCGCAUCGCCCUGCCCCACGACGACCUCAUGGCCACGGCCUCCGUCCUCGAAUACCUCUACAAAUCCGACUACUUCCCCACCCUCUCGGGCAGCACAAACAUGGAAUACGACGCCUCCGUGCCCUCCCCCGAUAACGACGGCGUGGGUCUCCUCCGUCAUGCCCGCGUCUACACCCUGGCGAAACGCUACGGUCUCCCACAACUUUCCGCCCUCGCGCACAAGAAAAUCCACCUCACCAACUCCACCGCCAAGGGCGAGAUCGCGUACGCGCGUUUCGUGUACAAGGAGAGCGACGCGGACGACGAGGCGAUCCGCAAGCCCGUGGCUACUUUCUGGGCGACGAGGUCGCAUGUUCUGCGCCACGAGGCCGAGCAGGAGUUCAAGAGGAUGUGUUUGGAGUUCCCGCAGUUUGGUUUCGAUGUGCUCAGCUUGGUGCUCGAUGCGCAGGAGAAGAGGAGUCAGAGGCAGGAGGGGCAGAGUACCGGUGGACAGAGUGGAAGGAAGAGGCAGAGGACCAUCCUCUAA